CAUCAUUAUGUAAAUUUUGUUUGGCGUUUCCUCCAAAAAUAGUUUCCAAAAGUAAGUUAAAUUCCCCAAAAUCCCAUUUCAAUCCAUUAUCGGUGCGAGUGAUACCUGAAGCUCCAUCGCAAAAAUGCCAGUGGCCGUGCGUCUUGUGGAGACCCUGACCCUCAUCACCAUAAUGGGUCUGAUCACCUGCAUUGGCCUCAGCGUGAUCCUGGCCCAAAAAACUCUCAGUAUGACCAUAACGUUCCUGGAGCCCGCAGCGAAUAUUGCCAAUAUGGUGUUAAUCUUAACCGAAAAAGUGCUGGUGUCCUCACUGCUCUGCGUUUUGGGUCUCACGAAUAUUGUGGGAAAUGCCCUCCAAGGGGCUGGAAUCGCCUGAUGAUCGCUCCAUUUUCCCCCUCUAACUUUCGGUUUUCUGAUCCAUGUUGAACUCUGUUGUAUGCCCCAAAAUUCUCAAUAUAUU